UGCGCGUGGAGAGAGCAGCACCUCUCUUACAGGAUCCAGCCGGGUCAGGUCACCUUUGUAUAGAGGAAAACACUAAAAUCCUAAUGAUAUAUUUCUUAGGUAAAUGUAAACAAAUAUAUGCUUACAUUUUGUGGAAGUUUAGCCAAAUAAAAUUUGAGCGUCUCUGCGAAAGAGAAUUGCGCAUAAUGCGCGCACCACGGAUAACUUACUAGUGCGCUAGUUUACACGGGGAUUGGGAAUGAAGGUGAUGCCUUACUGGUUGUUGAUGCUGGAUCUCAGACAACGAGACACCGAAUUUCUUACCGAUUUGGUUUGAAACAGGAGUUUGGUUAUCUGGCGGAGGCGCACCGAUGCAUCGCAUUUAAGCCUCUUGAUGACUCCAAAAUCAGAAGUUCUUCGCCAAAGCUGAACGUGCGUCCCAAGAUGGCAACCCGGGGUCCCACGUGGAACAUGUCAACCUUCGACAUCUUAAAUCGAUCUGAAAUCACCAACGUCACCCUAAACUCCAGUGAAAGCUUUCUCUCUGAGGACGAAAGCACCAAAGUCAUGGCCGUGAUAUACCUCGUCGUGUUUGUCCUAGGUUUGACGGGAAACUCUUUGGCUAUAUUCGUGGUCCUGCGUUACACUAAAAUGAAGACGGUCACCAACAUGUACAUCUUAAAUUUAGCGGUAGCCGACGAGCUGUACAUCCUCGGACUUUCAUUUCUCACAACCCACAACGUGCUCUCGUACUGGCCGUUCGGCAACUUUCUGUGCCGUAUCGUGAUGUGGGCAGACUCCAUCAGUCAAUUCACCAGCACAUUCUGUCUGACAGUAAUGAGCAUUGAUCGCUACAUGGCCGUGGUGCAUCCCAUCCGCAGCACCAGGUGGAGGCGGCCCAGCGUUGCCAAGGUGAUAAAUAGCAUGGUAUGGGCGCUAUCUUGUGUUCUGACGCUGCCCGUCAUUAUUUACUCUGACGUUCAGCCCGAUCUGAACACCUGCAAUAUGAGCUGGCCCGAACCGCGUGACGUGUGGUCCACCACCUUCAUCGUCUACACCGCCGUCUUGGGCUUCUUCUGCCCUUUGCUGGUCAUCUGUCUUUGUUACCUGCUCAUCGUGGUGAAGGUGAAGUCGGCCGGGGCGCGGGCCGGGCUCUCCAAACGUCGCAGAUCAGAGAGGAAGGUCACGAGGAUGGUGGUGAUCAUAGUAGUGGUGUUCGUCCUGUGCUGGUUGCCAUUUUUCAUCCUCAACAUCAUCAACCUGAUCCAGACUCUGCCGGAGAACAACCUCGUCACUGGCGUCUACUUCCUCACCGUCAUCUUGACCUACGUCAACAGCUGUGCCAAUCCGCUUCUCUACGGGUUCCUGUCUGAUAACUUCAAACAGAGCUUCCAGAAGGUCCUCUGCAUCCACAGGGCGAGCGGGGUGAGCGACGGCCGCCUGGGUCACUCGCACCUGAACAGGAGCCGUCAGAAUGACCCGUUCUUCUCUCCAAGGAGCUCUGAAAACAAUGAGCACGCGCAGAGCUAUCAAACUAUUGGUUUGGAGACCGGGCGCUGUGACAAAACGGAAAACCACCGACCCGGACCACAAGCGAUGAGCCAGUCCAUAUAAGAGACCACCAUGCGUGUGGGAAAUCUGAGGGAUGGAUGUUUGAAACGGUCUUGUUUUGUACAAGCGUGCAUCUAGACAUUCCUCCACAACAACACAGGGCAUAUAUGGAGUUCAGCGAAGGGACCCAGAGAGGUUGGUAGCUGUUACGGAAAACAUUUCGUUGGAUCUUUGACAAUCGGUGGUGGUUUCACAUUUUUGUUAGACGCUCAACGUCUCUUGGUGGAUUUCCAGAAUUCCCUGCGGAUGAAUCUGAGGAUAUAUGAGAAAAUACACAUCACUUUUAACUGACACGUCACAUUGGACCCAGUUCCGCAGGAGAUAGCAAAUAAAUAAUCGUUCAUUUCAAUGACUUCACACAUUGAUCUAGACUUCUGGAUGGAUGGUUGCAUUCAGUUUCAAAUCCAAACAUGUGUAUCUUAAAGUGUAUUUAUCAUAGAAACAAUUCGGGUAAGAGUCACAUGUCAACAGUCAGAUGAUUUGCUUUAUUUGUUGAGCUGUGUAUUGUUUAUGAUGUUGUAAAGUUGGGUGUUUUCAAUAGAGAUCUAGUGAAAGGGUGUCAGGGGUUUAUUUACUGUACAUAAUGCUCACAGUUCUAUGGGGACUUCAACACGUUUCAUUAGUCCGUCCGUCCAUCAUGACUUGUUUCUUACCUUGAAACUGUUUUCCGUGUGUUUUAGUAAACGUGUAUAUAUUAGAGAAUAGCUAUCGAAGCGUUUUGUUUAAUGUUAUAAUUUCUGAAUGACCUCAACAUCACGACAGAUGCGAUAGGCCUAUUUGCAGUUUGAGACAGGGUCAACUUUUAUGUGCUUUAUUCUCUUUACAUUUACAGUGACAGUACACACCGAUUUACAGUUUAGCCAUUUCGACUAAUUGUCAACUGUAGCUCAGGGGCAGGCGCGACUCAAAACUCCAGAAAACUUCAAAACAAGGACGUUACAAAGACAACAACACACAUUACACACCAGCAGUCUAUAGGCAAGACCAGAAUCUCUCAGUAUUCAGAAAGUGGACUUUAGCACUGAGUUUAACAUAAACAUUUAAUAUAAAAAUACUGGAAUCUAGAGAGAAACCCAGCUCUCUGCUUCAUACAAGACAUCACGCAACCGCUUCGAAGAAGACUUUUUUGCCCAAAUCUAAAGGCGCAUUCACACCAGGAACACAUGUAUUAGCAUCCACACCGACGGACAAUCGUUUUUUUAAUGUUUAUUCUCAAAUCCAACCUAGAAUAUGUCCAUAUUUGACUCAAGCAUUGGUUAAAAAAUAUCACUUAAAAGACAUUAAGUUCACAUGUGCAGAAACACGUGAUCACGUGUGUUUUUUGAACAUUCUUGGGUGAAUCCCAUGGGUUUGUCAUAUGUAAAACGUGUUGCGAUAUGUCUCCACAUGUGAUCACGUGUUUUUCACAAUUUUUUUCUUCCAAAAAACACAUUUCGCAUGUGCUUUUGUAUAUGUAAAACACAUGUUGUACACGUGUGAAAUCCACGUGUCUUUUCUGCAAGGGACGGUGUGUACUGUGCACGCUCUUUAAUUCGGGAUAUAUUUUGAUUGGCUGUCAAAAUGUAAUCACCUAGAACUAAACAAAGACCCCAACGGUAUCCACCCUCUGUAUAGUUAUAGUUGUGGUGUGGACUGCGGUGCUAUUCUCUUGAAUUCACAAUGAUUUUUAAAUCUUUAGUUGUUCUUUGCGUGCGCGGGCUUUAAGGUUGUAUUGCAAUAUCCCAUGAUGCAUCACAACACGCUCCGUCCGGGGUGAGACGAGACCAUGGGCUUUAGUAAUGCCUCCGAGUUGGUUCCAAACGGACUCUCCUUAACAUUCGUUCGGAAAUGUGCUUUCGGCGACAACUAAGGAAAUUCGAGUCUUUCGUGAGAUUAAAUGUUCUGCUGUUGCUCUGCUUCAGCCAGUCAGCAGAAAGAUUCAUUGCAUGCUGCUUGCAAAACGCCAGACAAGCCCUUUCAUGAGCUUUCCCAAACGCUACACUCAUGCCAUCGACCCAACCCAACAACUCACUUUAGCAUUUCUGUUAAACCAUCUCUGUUGCACUUUGCACACUAUAAACUUCAGCCCGUUAGCACAUUCCUGUGCGUCUACACAUAUUCAAGCACUUUUACAUUUUAUUUUAUGCAUAUUCUUUAAAAAAUGUUUGCAUUUAAAUGUCGCAUCUGGCAGAAGCUUUCACGCAAAGUAAUGCAUUCAAUACUAGAAAAUAUAAUACUCUCACAUGUAAACGUGAUACAGUCACAAUACACCAUUAUAGUUUUAGCAUCAACAGGUCACAUGCGUUUGUUUUGAGUCUAGUCACAUGUUUACAGACGGACCCGCUACCUUGAGUUGACUUGUUGAUGUAAGAAAGACCAGUUUUCCAUCCACAGCCUUGACAGACCAGUUAAACACAUUUCACUCCGUCCCCUCAUCCACACGUUACCUCUCUCUCUCCUCUGUUUCUCUCUGCCCUUAUAUUCACACUGUUUACUGAUAAACUCAAGGUGAAGGAGCCCGCAGGUAACACCUGUCUUUUGUACAUCCAAACCUUAUACAAACUCUCAAUGUCAAACCAGAGGACAUUACCCAGCAUGCACCGGGACAUAAAAUCCAUCUGUGCUAAAUAUUCCAGUUUGGUUUGUUUGCAUGGAAAUGCUGUCUGUGAAAUUUGGGCGAGUAAAGAAAAGGUUUGUUGCUCUACAUAUAAGAGGAGGUCCACUUCAUGUCAUGUACAGAACGGUCCAAAAAACUAGGGAUGCUUUAAUCGGUAUUGCUUUAGACAAAGUCGUGGGUUCGAUAUCCAGGAAGCAAACAUACAUAUAAAAUCAAAGCCGGAAUGCACUGUAAGUCGUUUUGGAUAAAAGUGUAUUUACAGUAUUAUUAAUAAUUCAUAUUAUUAAAUAAUGCAUUUCCAUACAUUGGAACCAAGUGCUUAUCAUUUUCAACAAACGCAGCAAUUUCUUACGUAUUAUUCCAUAUAUUGUGAUAUAUUAAUAGUGUAUUAUUCUACACAUUUUCAAAGAUAUAUUCCAUUGUUUAUUAUAUUAAUGUAUUAGUCGUUAGUUAUUAAUAGUUAAAGGGAUAGUUCACCCAAAAAUGAAAAUUCUGUCAUCAUUUACUCACCCUCAGAUUGUUUCAAAUCUGUAUAAAUUACAAAAAAAGAUAUUUGAAAGAAUGUUAGCAAUUUUCAGUUCUGGGACAUAAAAACAUUAUUGUAUUUUUUUUUGGUUCUGCUGAACACAAAAUGAGAUAUUUUAAAGAAUUUAAGAACACAAACAGUUCUGGGGCACAUUUAACUACCAUCUAAUGAUUCCUACUAUGGUAGUUAAUGAUGUCCCGGACCUGAAAACGACUUACAUUCUUCCAAAUAUCUUUCUCUGUGUUCAUCAGAAAAUUUUAAAUAAUAAGUAAUAAUAAGUCAUUUAAAAUCAUGUAACUUAUAUAUGAAAUUACAUGAUGACAGAAUUUUCGUAUGGAAAAAUACAUUAACUUUGCAUAAGGGAUAUUACAUGAAAUAAUCUGUAUGACGUAUUGAUGUUUGUCAUCCUGCAGUGACAUCAUCACGUUGCUCUGAGGUCAGCAAAACAAGUACAGAAGAGAAACAAACACACACUGAACUACAGUAACACUGAGCAAAGAAACCAUACACAAAGCAGAAAUCGUCUUAAAAACGGCGAGCUGUAUCAUGACAAUAAAUCAUUAACUUUAAAGUCUGUGUGACCUGCAGGUAUACUAAACGAAAGGCAAAGCUGUGUCCUUUGUGAAGUUCACCUGCGAGACUGGACGAGGAGACGCCCAUCUAAGAGAUUGUUUUCUGUCACCUGAACCCGCUGAGAAUGGAAAAGGCUUUUUCCCUUUAAAUUGGCCGGUUUAGCGAGGCGUUAAACUCUAUUGGUAAGGGUUUAUGAGGAAAUGCAAUUUCAGGUGCCAUUAAACAAAUAAGACUUUUAUAUGGCCUUCAUUUAAUUGGAAUAGAAAAGGGAUUGUGGGUUAUUUCAGGAAGCUGUUAGGAAAUUGUGUUGGUCUGAAACGGAAAUAAAUAUAUAGAGGACGCAUCCUGGACCUUGUCCCUCUCAAAUGGCCUUUUAAAGGGA